UCUGUGUGGAUGCCACUUCCGGAAGUCCAUUCUGGACCUGGGCAACACAAAAUGAGCUGCCAAAAGUGGUGCGAACCGGCUGAAUCCCACCACUGUCUACACCCGUACACACGAUGGUUUGCUCCUUGGAUCUGACGGUUGAGAUUUUGUGUCGCUUAGUUCUGGAUCUUUGGCUGAGACAAAAUAUGUGACCAGAUCAGUGAUGCAGUCCUUGACGCCCACUUGAAGCAAGACCCAGAUGCCAAAGUUGCUUGUGAGACAGUCUGCAAAACGGGAAUGGUUCUUCUCUGUGGAGAGAUCACCUCCAGAGCUGUGGUGGACUAUCAGCAGAUUGUCCGAGACACAAUUAUGAACAUCGGCUACGACGAUUCAGCUAAAGGCUUUGACUACAAGACCUGUAACGUCCUUGUGGCUUUGGAGCAACAGUCCCCUGAUAUUGCCCAGGGGGUUCACCUACACAGGAACGAAGAAGACGUUGGUGCUGGAGACCAGGGCCUGAUGUUUGGCUACGCAACUGAUGAAACAGAAGAAUGCAUGCCACUAACCAUUAUCCUUGCCCACAAGCUGAAUGCCAAAAUGGCCGAGCUGAGACGCAAUGGAGUCCUCCCUUGGCUUCGACCAGACUCCAAAACCCAGAUCACAGUUCAAUAUGUCCAGGAAGACGGGGCGGUCAUCCCCGUGCGGGUUCAUACCAUUGUCAUCUCCGUGCAGCACGACGAAGGCAUCUCCUUGGAGGCCAUGCGCAAAGCCUUGCAGGAACACGUGAUCAAAGCCGUGGUGCCAGCCCACUACUUGGACGACAACACGGUUUACCACCUGCAACCCAGCGGCCGUUUUGUCAUCGGAGGGCCACAGGGUGAUGCAGGAGUCACUGGCCGGAAAAUUAUUGUGGACACUUAUGGUGGAUGGGGCGCUCAUGGAGGUGGAGCUUUCUCGGGCAAGGACUACACGAAAGUGGACCGAUCAGCAGCGUACGCAGCCCGGUGGGUGGCCAAAUCUUUGGUGAAAGCAGGGCUGUGUCGACGGGUUCUGGUCCAAGUUGCCUAUGCUAUUGGCGUGGCUGAGCCACUGUCCAUCUCCUUGUUCACUUAUGGUACCUCUGCCUACUCUGAGCAAGAGCUGCUCAAUAUUGUCCACCAAAACUUUGACCUUCGACCUGGAGCCAUUGUCAAGGAUCUGGAUUUAAAGAAGCCCAUUUAUCAGAAGACUGCUUGUUACGGCCACUUCGGAAGAAGUGAAUUUAGUUGGGAAGUUCCCAAAAAGCUUGCCUUCUAACUUUCUUGGGCCAACCUCUCUCCAUUUCAAAGGAACAGGAUUUUACUACCCCGAGUGCUUCCGUUGACCAAUGUCAGUGCUGAAAAAAAUAAUAAUGGAGAAACAGCCCCCUAAUUGCUUUCUCUACAUCUCAUCCCAUGCAGACUUUACAGAGGAUAAAUUUGGGGCAGACGGAUGCCAUUUUAAUUUUGUCUAAUGCUGCUAUUUUGGGGUAGGGGAAGGAAAUUCACUUUGAAAAGACGAGAAGGACCCUGAAACCUACAAUCAAACAACGGACUUUGUUUUUAUUUUUAUUUUCCAAUCCAGCAAAUCUACAUCUUUCUAAAAUGCUAAGAGGAAGAAACAUGUUUUUAUUUUAUUUUUUCUCAGAUUCGGUAUGGUUUCUCAACAUUUUGCAACAGGACAAUUCAAGGUUCCGGCAUCCUGCUUCCACAUGGAGGUUGUACUACAAGGAGUAGUUUAACUCUUGGAGUGAAAGAGAACAUAUUCUCCUCUACUGGAGACCCAUCUUUUCGAGAGGGGUUUCGCCACGUUUUACUAAUUCUGUUCCAACUGUCCAAUCCAUGUUUAAUUCUUUCUUGCUCUUGCUCUCUUUCCUUUCUUAACGGCCUUAGCGAUAGUCCUUCACAGGGAAGCCUGUCCAGUACGGUCCUGUGCCAUAACGGUCAUAAAAGCUGUGGUCAUAAAGCGAACGUGGCCAUUGUUAAGUAGAGGCUACUCUCAUUCAGUGAACCAACGGUUCACUACAAGGAUGGUGUUGUCCCAAACCGGAAGCACCCAUUUUCGGCAAAACCAUUGCAGUCCUAUGACUGAGGGAUGCUGCAAAUAACUGUAAACAUGGCAAUGUUGUCAACUCCCAAAGUUUAGUCAGGGUCCAAAUCUCAGAAUUUCGAAUCUGGUUCUUUUUCGGGUCGGUCAUCACUUCAAACGGAUUGCAAAGCAAUCCGUCAUGCUUCUGCAAGUAAAUGUUUUAGACGUGUACCUGGUGCCUUUUAUCGACAUGCAUCAAUGCGGCUAACAUUUCUGGAGCCUGUUUCUAGACAGUUUUAGAUACAAAUGUGUUUUUUUUUUUCUUAAAAAAAAAAAGAUUGGCAGAAUGGAGGUUAUACGAGCCACGCAUUUCGGCCCCUGGUUGAGCCAAUGUGGUUGAAUGGUAAGCACAAGGUGUGACUUGGAGAAUAAAUGCAGCAAGAAGCGAGGGAGGACACGUGAAGGAAGAGACGUAGCAGCAGCCUGUAAAGAAAUGGCAAAAGAAUGACUCUUGGGAAUAAUGCUGGGAAUAACCCCAUGGAGACAAGACUCGGGGGACUGGGAAAAUGGGAGCCGUUUUUCCAGUAUUUUAAUUUAAAAUAUCGCCAUUGUGUACUGACCCGAAAAAUCAGGAUACGUGUUUGCUUUAGUCAAAAUAAUAUCUUGGGCCAGUAAUGAAAAAGAAAGCCAGUCUGGUUUAGUGGUGAAGACUUAAAAACUAGGAGAUGGUGAGUUCUAGUCCCGCCUUAGGCAUGAAAGCCAACUGGGUGACUUUGAACCAAUCACCAGGAGAUUGUGAGUUCUAGUUCCGCCUGAGGCUAAAAACCAGGAGACUGUGAAUUCUAGUCCUACCUUAGGCAUAAAAGUGAGCUGGGUGACUUUGAACCAAUCACCAGGAGAUUGUGUGUUCUAGUCCCGUUUUAGACAUGCAAGCCAGCUGGGUGACUUUAGGCCAGUCCCUCUCACCUCACAGGGUUGUUGUGGGGAAAAUAGGAAGAACGAACGUUAGACACGUUCACCACCUUGAGCUCUUUCUAAAAACAGUAAAGGCAGGAUAAAAAUAAUCAUAAUAAUCAAAAAGAA